GUGGAAGAGUUGCAGUUGGUGGUUGAGGCGGACUAUGAUAUUGGGAUUCGGAUUCGGGACAAGAUCAUUCCCCGCGCGGUGGACUGGUUUUUGGGGCAAGUCGACGACGACUCGGACUUCGAAGACUACGACACCAACGAGGAGGAAUUCGACACGGAAGACUCGGAUGAAGAAGAUGACUCUUCGGAUGAGGAGCCGCCUCGAUCUCACAAAGGUGCGGAGAAGGGCGUAAUAGGCGUUGAGAAGGGCCCUGACCAGAAGCCGGAGUGCAAGCAGCAGUAA